UCAUCCCCGCCGCCCGCCAUUUUGUCUCCAGUGUCUCGUUUGCUGUCGACGGCGUGGCAGGCAGUGUCUGAGUCUGCGAACGUCAGGCAGCGAUCGGGGUCUAUUGUCUGUGUUUGACCCCGUAGUUCGGUCCGAGGCCUUCCGGAGCUUCCCCGGGGCAGUCGGCAAGAGGCCGCCGCGACCGCCCCCGCCCCUCCCUUCGUCCGUCCCCGGGACCGGGAGGGACCCAUCCCGCGUCACGCCCCUCAGUGCUCGCCGCUCUCUUCUCAGUCGUUGCGUCCGCAUCGCAUCCCCCGGAAUCAGACGGUGCCCCAUAGAUGGCCAGCUUUCCUCCGAGGGUUAACGAGAAAGAGAUCGUGAGAUCACGUACUAUAGGUGAACUUUUGGCUCUAGCAGCUCCUUUUGACAAGAAAUGUGGUCGUGAAAAUUGGACUGUUGCUUUUGCUCCAGAUGGUUCCUACUUCGCUUGGUCCCAAGGAUAUUGUACAGUAAAGCUUGUUCCAUGGUCUCAGUGCCUUAAGAACUUUCUCUUGCAUGGCACAAAGAAUAUCACUAAUUCAAGCAGUUUGAGAUUGUCAAGACAAAACAGUGAUGGUGCUCAGAAAAAUAAGCCUCGUGAACAUAUUAUAGACUGUGGUGAUAUAGUCUGGAGUCUUGCUUUUGGAUCUUCAGUUCCAGAAAAACAGAGUCGCUGUGUAAAUAUAGAAUGGCAUCGGUUCAGAUUUGGACAAGAUCAGCUACUCCUUGCCACAGGGUUAAGCAAUGGGCGUAUCAAAAUAUGGGAUGUAUAUACAGGAAAACUCCUCCUUAACUUGGUAGAUCAUACUGAUGUGGUCAGAGAUUUAACUUUUGCUCCAGAUGGGAGUUUGAUCCUAGUGUCAGCUUCAAGAGACAAAACUCUGAGAGUGUGGGACCUGAAAGAUGAUGGAAACAUGAUGAAAGUAUUGAGAGCCCAUCAGAACUGGGUGUACAGCUGUGCAUUCUCUCCUGACUCUUCCAUGCUGUGCUCAGUGGGAGCCAGUAAAGCCGUUUUCCUUUGGGACAUGGAUAAAUAUACAAUGAUACGGAAACUAGAAGGACAUCACCAUGAUGUUGUAGCUUGUGACUUUUCUCCUGAUGGAGCAUUACUGGCUACUGCAUCUUAUGAUACUCGAGUUUAUGUCUGGGAUCCACAUACUGGAGACAUUCUGAUGGAAUUUGGGCACCUGUUUCCCCCACCUACUCCAAUCUUUGCUGGAGGAGCAAAUGACCGAUGGGUACGAUCUGUAUCUUUUAGUCAUGAUGGACUGCAUAUUGCAAGCCUUGCUGAUGAUAAAAUGGUGAGGUUCUGGAGAAUUGAUGAGGAUUAUCCAGUACAAGUUGCACCUUUGAGCAAUGGUCUGUGCUGUGCCUUUUCUACUGAUGGCAGUGUUUUAGCUGCUGGGACACAUGAUGGAAGUGUGUAUUUUUGGGCCACUCCAAGGCAGAUCCCUAGCCUUCAGCAUUUAUGUCGCAUGUCAAUCCGGAGGGUGAUGCCUACUCAAGAAGUCCAGAAACUGCCGAUUCCUUCCAAGUUGUUGGAGUUUCUUUCCUAUCGUAUAUAAGAACUCUGUAAUAAGAGUAGUAGGGACUGAUGGAACACACUUUACACAAACCUCAAGCUUUACUGACUUCAAGUAUCUGUUUGUCAAGGUUUAGAUUUAUUUAAUUUGAUAUGUUCUUGUACUGCAUUUUAAUUAGUUGAGUUUUUAAAAUAUUAUUUAUAGACCACAGUAGAAAUAUUUUGAACAUAUAAAAUGUAAUUUUUUCUAAAAUUUAACUGUGAAAACAUACAUACAUGUGCAUAUUUAGAUAUAAGCUGCUAUGUGUUGAAUGGACCUUUCUGCUUUUCUAACUUUAGUUCCAACAUUUAUGCAUUGUUUCAGUAGAGCCACAACAUGUAUCUUUGCUGAAAGUAUAAGGAAGUUUUUUGUUUUUGUUUUUUGAACACUGAGUUUAGAUGGUAAAUAUUGAUUUAAGAAAAUUGAAUUGCCUCAUAAAAUGCAUUUGGCGGUAAGGGGCAGACAACUGACUUGCAAGUAAAACAAAAUUUUUGUAUAGGAAAAGGAUUUUGUUUUCCUUAACAAUGGCAUCUGAGAGAUAGAGUUUGAACGUGACAUUAUUCAAUUAAAAACAGCCAGGAUAUAACUAGAAAAGGGUGCCCUUACCCACCCCCCCAAACUACUGCUGCAGACUUCAAUGUUGGAAAGCAGCUUGUUACUUUAACCUUUGUAUAUAAAGUAUUAUAAAUUGAAAUUUGAAAUAGUCAAUUUGAAAAUCCAUCUACUGAUUAUUUUAUUGCUAAAUAUUUUGCUAUUUGUAGUAAGCUUCAGUUAUUUUAAGACCAUGGUUUUGUGCUUUUUGUUGUUUUGUUUGUUUUUACAUGUAUCCUAUGUUUCUGUAGGGGAUAAUAUUGGUAACUUACCAAAGAGAAGCAAUACAGCAUACCUGCUUUUGCCCUCUGUUAUUUAUCUUACCUGCAGAUAUUAAGAAUGUAUGUAUCAUGUAAAAUUCUGAUUAUAUAUUUUUGGUGAGUUUUUUUAAUUAAAGACAAAAAAAUCA